AUGAAUCUAAUAGACGGGGAGCCCCACAGCUUCACGGUGAACUUCAAGCGCGCGGAGGGCUACCCCAUCGACCUCUACUACCUCAUGGACCUGUCCUACUCCAUGAAGGACGACCUGGAGAACAUCAAGAAGCUGGGCCAGGAGAUCCUCAGCACGCUCCAGAAGGUCACCAAUUCCGUGAGGAUCGGGUUCGGCUGUUUCGUGGACAAGGUGGCGAUGCCCUACGUGAGCACGGUGAAGUCCAAGCUGCGCAACCCGUGCCCGACCCGCAUGGACACCUGCCAGCCGGCCUUCAGCUUCCGCAACGUGCUGCCGCUCACGGACAACGCCAAGGAGUUCGAGAAGAAAGUCAGCACCCAGAACAUCUCGGGCAACCUGGACCCCCCCGAGGCUGGCCUGGACGCUCUGAUGCAAGCCGCUGUGUGUCAGGAACAAAUUGGCUGGAAGAAUGUUACCCGAAUCCUGGUCUACACUUCCGACGACACCUUCCACACAGCAGGAGACGGGAAGCUGGCCGGGAUCUAUUUUCCUAACGAUGGCCUCUGCCACCUGAACAGCGAGGGGUUGUACGAGAAGAGCACAGAAUAUGACUACCCCUCUGUGGGUCACCUCUCUCAGGUCCUUGCAGCCAACAACAUCCAGCUCAUCUUCGCCGUCAAUGACAAGAGCGUUCCUAUCUACAAGGCCCUCCAUAAGCUGAUUCCUCAGUCUGUGGUGGGAGAGUUGAAAGAUGACUCCAGCAACGUUGUCCAGCUGAUAUCCGAUGCCUAUAAUAACCUCUCCUCCACUAUCUACCUGGAGCACCAGCAGCUGCCCCAGGGCCUGGACAUCACCUACGACUCGCACUGCGGGGACGGCUCCACCGCCCGUGGGCAGAGGAGAGCUGAGUGCACCAACAUCAAGAUCAAUCAGGCGAUCAAUUUCACGGUGACCGUCAACAGCACUGCCUGCCUGGACCAGCCGCAGACGUUUGUCAUCAAGCCGCAGGGCAUCAACGAGGAGCUGUACGUCACCGUGGAGACGCUGUGCCACUGCGACUGCAAGGACCACCAGCCAGCCUGCCGCGCCACCAACACCUCCGCGCCGUGCAGCGGCAGGGGGGACUGCAUGUGCGGCCUGUGCAUGUGCCACGGCAACAGCCUGCAUGGCCAAUACUGCCAGUGCGACGACGCCAGCUGUGACCGGCACAACAACAAGAUCUGCGGGGGCAACGGGCAAUGUGAGUGUGGGAAGUGCAGGUGUAACCCCGGCUUCGACGGCACGGCCUGCGAGUGCUCCACGGCCACGGACGCCUGCGGGGGGGGGAGCGGCGAGCUCUGUAGCGGGAAUGGGGUGUGUGAGUGCAACCGCUGCAGGUGCAAGGAGGGCUACUACGGCCAGCUCUGCACCGGCUGCCAUAACUGCAAGGACGACUGCGAAAAGUUCAAUGAGUGUGUGACGUGCAAAGCGAAGGGGACCGAGAACUGCAACUCCGACUGCAUGGGGGUCCAGGUCAAAAUUGUGGAGGAAGUCAAAGAGUUCUCCUGUCGUGUCGGCUCCUAUGUCUUCAGGAUCGAGCGGGACUCCAGCACAGGCCUGCCAGCGGUCAUCUACUUUUCCGAUGCUCCAACGACCAUCGAUAAGACCUAUGUGAUCGUGGGCAGUGCAGUCUCUGGGAUAAUCCUGAUUGGCCUGGCCAUCAUCAUCCUAUACCGCAUUAGUGUGGAGGUGUACGACCGCCGGGAGUACCAGAACUUCCUGAAGGAGCAGCAGAACGUCAGAUGGAAAGAGACUCACAACCCGCUGUUCAAGGAUGCCACAACCACCGUGGUCAAUCCCAUGUUUCAAGACACAUAGCUCCUCUCCCCACCAGUUUGACAGUGUGGAAUCCCCAGUUCUUGCAGACUUGAUUCAGCGAUGCAGGUCCUGCAACACAUGGGGGGAAUGAGGACUGGCAGAUACACGGUGCCCUGCAGCACAACUGGCCCCUAGCUCACCUAACGCCAAGACAGCCCACCCCUACUCUGACCGUGCUCUUCUGCCAGCUGUGAAUCCCAGUUGCAAUUGGCUGUUGGUGUGACCCAGGAUCGAAACGACAGGUUCAACAGUUGAGCUCAACCUGCAUUUCUCAACCUAAUGGAGACACUUGGGAGCCUGAGGUUCUGAUUCGCAGCAAAUGUGUAGUGCUUUCCUUCAUGUCCUGAAGAAAGCCCUAUUCUUUUAUAUGAAGGAACGUCCCAGUUUCCUAGGCAGACCCAGGGAAUAAUGCACAGGACAGACGAAUAGCAUCCCCUCAAUGCCACAAACUGUCCCUCCCUCCAUUUUCUAACUGCUUCCUCUAACUCCUCUGACUCAGGGAGAGCCAGGGCUCCCCCUGGCAAGGAAGGGGUAAAGGCAGGGAACACCUGGGGCAGGACACCAGUCCAUCACAGGGCACACAGACACACACACUCACACCAGCGCCAGUUUUCCCAGAAGCCAUU